AUGCAUAUGGAGCGGCUUAGGGGUCAGUUGUCUAUAGAAUCCAAAUAUCUACAAAAUGGUGACAAGGAUGUUGUUGAGGAUGAUGAUGAUGAUGAAGAAUAUUAUGAUGAUGAUAAUUAUGAACAUUAUUAUGAUGAUGAAGAGUAUUAUGGUGAUGAUGGGGAAGAUAGGAAAGAUGAGAAAGAAAAGAACGUGGUUGAGAUUUCUCAGAAUAGAUUCAUGAAAGUGCUGUUUCUGGAUGGCGAGAUUGGCCUUCUUCAAACUUGUGUUUUGUGUAACAGAUCUUUUCAGCAACUUAGGGGUCAGUUGUCUAUAGAAUCCAAAUAUCUACAAAAUGGUGACAAGGAUGUUGAUGAGGAUGAUGAUGAUGAAGAAGAAUAUUAUGAUGAUGAUAAUUAUGAACAUUAUUAUGAUGAUGAAGAGUAUUAUGGUGAUGAUGGGGAAGAUAGGAAAGAUGAGAAAGAAAAGAAGUAA